AUGGGUCUAAGAGUAGAUCUAGUGCUGGAGCUGCAGGUGGGAGAGCACCUCUACUUUAACGCAGAUGGUUUGAGUAGACCUGGCUCUUUGUUCGCCUUUUGUCGGGGGCGCGCCUACGUGCUCGCGCUCUUUAUUGUACAGGUGUGUUUGGCUCAACCCACGCUGCAGCAGCAGCAGAAGGAUGACAUGAGUGAUGCAGGAGAGAGCAGAGUUAACAUGGAGGAAUUUUUCAAAACGGUGGGGGAGGUGAGAAGCCUCAUUGAAAAACUUUCCUGUCAAGCAGAGGAGGUAGGAAGAAGACAUGGUGCCAUCCUCUCUGCUUCAAACCAAGACAAGAGAUACAAAGAUGAGCUGAAGCUGCUGAACAAUGAGGCAAAGAAGAAUGCCAGCUUGGUCCAAGCUAAGUUAAAAGCAAUGCAGGUUAACUCGCCUGUAGAUGACAACUGCAUAGGUACCUCAGUGAUCCAGCGUAUUCAGAGGAACCAGCACUCACACCUGACUCGGUGGUUUGCUGAAGUCAUGAGGGGCUACCAUAAUUCACAGAUCUCCUUCAGAGACAAAUGCAAAGCGCAAAUUCAGAGACAACUGGAGAUUGUGGAUAAAGUGACCACAGAUGACGAAUUAGAGGAGAUGCUGAUCUGUGACAAUAUUGCCAUCUUCAUAUCUGAUAUCAACGCUGAUGCUCAGACUUCAAGUCAGGCUCUGAGUGAGAUCGAGUGCCGUCAUCAGGACAUCAUCUGCCUCGAGGCCAGCAUCAAAGAGCUGCAUGAGAUUUUUGUUGACACCGCCAUGCUGUUGGAGAAUCAAGGGGAGUUGAUCAACAACAUAGAAAAGAAUGUGACGAGUGCUGCAGAGUUUGUAGACAUGUCCAAAGCAGAAACCAACAAAGCAGUCGCGUACAAGAAAAACCCACACAAGAUAGCAUCUCUCCCAAGCUUCUUCAAACCCUUCAAGAGGCGAACAACUGCUAAAACUGGUAGUGAUCAAAACACCUCAGACUUAAACCAUGACUGA